AUGGCGGCGGCCGCUCUGAAGAGAUUUUGGUCUCGAGGCCGCGGAGCUGCGGGCGACCCGACGAUCGCGAAGCCGGGCGUGUGGGCACGUUUGGGCUCCUGGUCCCGCUCGCUGCUCCGGGACUAUGCCGAAGCCUGCGGGGACGCGGCGGCGGCAGCCCGGGCCCGGCCGGUCCGGGCGGCUGUUUACGUGGGGCUGUUGGGCGGAACGGUGGCUUGCUGCGCGCUAGCGCCGAGCGAAGCAGCCUUCGAGGAGGCGCUGCUCGACGCAUCUGGAACCCUUUUGCUGCUGGCGCCGGCCACGCGCAACCGCUCCUCUGAAGCUUACGUGCAGCGAAUGCUCUGGCUUCGGGGCCGAGGUCGCCUGCGCCACCUGAAUCUGGGGCUUUGCUCGAUUGUGUACGAGGCGCCCUUCGACGCACAGGCCAGCCUCUACCAGGCUCGCUGCCGCUACCUGCAGCCCCGCUGGACCGACUUCCCGGGCCGGAUCUUGGAUGUGGGCUUCGUCGGCCGCUGGUGGGUCCUGGGAGCCCAGAUACGCGACUGCGACAUCAACGACGACGAGUUCCUCCACCUGCCUUCACAUUUACGCGUCGUCGGGUCCCACCAGCUGCGCUCCGAGGCCAACGAGCGGCUCUUCGACGAGAAGUACAAACCUGUCGUGCUCACCGACGAUCAGGUGGACCAGGCGCUGUGGGAGGAGCAGGUCUUGCAGAAGGAAAAGAAAGACAGGCUCGCCUUGAGUCAGGCCGACUCGCUGGUGCUAUCAGAGGCCCCGAGGUGA